AUGGAAACCUCGCUGGAGCGAUUUUCUGCAUCUCUUGGAAGCCAGGCUUUCCACAGCUAUGGGCCCUUCAGCAGCGUUGUAAUCGCAGCGCCAUGGAUCGCCACCUUUGACACGCGCCGGGCCAAGUGCGGCCUCCCGCAUCCAGGCAUGGCUUCUGCUGAUACUUCGGCCAACCAGAAGGCCGCCCCUGCCACCAGCGAAGCCACCUCCAACGCAGCCACCGAAAAUGCGGAGCAGUCCAAAGUCGACGACUCCGAAGUUUCGGAUGGUCCAGAGGAAACACCCAAGAAGGGGAUGAUGCAGGAAUACUUUGGCACCACCUUGGGUUCCAUGCAAGAUCUCACUGAAAAUAUCGGUGGCAUCGGCGCCAAGAUCAAGACAGGUGUUGGGGGAGCAUUAGGGCAGAUUACCGAAGUGGGAGAAGGCCUUGGCUUGUCGGGCAUCCGGAAGAGUUCCGACCGUUCCCUGCCCAUGCUGCACAGGCAGACCGAUGAAGCAAGCUUCAAACAGUUCUUGGUGCAAGUCAUGAAAGCCAAUGUUGCAUCUGAAGAUGCGACAGCGGAUAUCGAGGAGAUGAGCGCAAGUCUCAGCCGGAAGACGCGGAGAACCACCUUGUCCAGAGCCUUGGGGAAGAAAAUGACCAAAAAGAUGCGAUGUCAGCUCUGUCCCAGGACUCAAAUGAUGUGUUGGCAAUGCUGCCGCUGGAUCGUCUCAAAAUGGUUCUUCCACCUGUUGGCCUUCUCUUUCCUAAUCUUGCACUGCGUGGCAUUGGUUCUGGUUGCUGAUAAUGCCACAGAUCAACCAGACAUGUGGCGCAGCAUUUCCCUGGGCUAUUUUGCUUUCUUCCUGGUGGAGUUCUUGGUUCGGCUCGUUGGAGAACACGCCUGGGGCUUCUGGCGCUCCAGCUGGUUUUGGUUCGAUCUACUGCUGGCGCUUCUCUGUGUGGUCGAGGCUUUCCUGCCUUUGGCCCUGACCAUUGGCCCAGGACGUUUCUCCGUCCUCUCCUUGCGGCUCCUGCGCCUCGUGCGGAGAAUCUACUGGCUGCCGCGCGAAUCCAAAGCAACCAUGGCAUCCUUUGGACUUCUGCCAGGCGUGGUGUUCCUGCUUCUUUGUGUCGUUUGGGCCUUCCUGGCUGUGCUUUGGUUCUUGGUGCUUGACACCCAACCGGCUACUGCGGCUACUGAGACUGGCCCCCAUGCCGCCAACAAAAGCGAGCCGCUGGUGGUGGACGUAGCGGAGUAUGAUGACUUCGUAUCAUCCCUGCUGAACCAGUUCUAUUUGGCGAGCAGAGGGAUGAACUGGCGUCGCAUCACCGAUGGCAUCUCCGGCGGAUGGAACGCAGACCUCUUGCGGCUUUCAUUUGUGCUGCUGCUUUCGCUGAUUGGUUUGGUGACCACCAACGCCAUGAUCGUGCUGGUUUACGAGCUCGCACAUAGUGCCUGUGAAGACUUUGAGCAGAAGAACCAUGCCGAAACAGUCCGGCAGCGGCUCUUUGGUCUUCACACCUUGGAAGAGAAGCUCCUGGGUGGUGCGGGCAACGAGGAGGACAUGGUGAUGUUGGACCGCGAUGCUGUGGAAAAGAUCCUGCCAGAGGCCCAUGAGGAGUUGCGAGCCCAAGGUAUCACGGCAGAGGAGUUCUUGCAGCUCUUCGAUCAUUUGGAGGAGAGUUCUUCACAUCAUGGAGUGAUGAUUUCCGAGCUACUCUUUGGAAUUUUGCUGCUCACGGCCAAUGCUGGGGAAGCAGACAAUCUGCAGGUGGAUCACCUGCAGAAAAAGUGCAUCCAGAUCACAGAUGCAGCUAACAAGGACCUGCAAGCCAUGAUGCAGAAGGGGCACAAUGCCCUGAGAGAGAUGGAAGACACCUUCCUCCAGCUGCGUCAGCACCUGGCGAAGUUGCGCUCCAACGCGCGCAGGAGCUCUGCGGAGGUGAAGAGCAUCAUCCUCGAGGUGGAGAAACAAUUUGAGGAUUGCGGCCGCAGCGUGGGCCACGUCUCGGAGCUGCGCAAGGUGCAGCUCUCGCAGGCCAUGCGCAGGGCGCGCGAGCAGCUCUCGGAGCGCUUGGAGAUCUCGAAGAUGACCGCCUCGCAGCUGGACAACUUCAAUCGCCUCGGCCGGGCAUUUGGUUUCCCAGCCCUCAGUGAAAGGGGUCCCAUGCCAAAGGUGGAGGCUGUGCGGAAGCUGAUGGACCCGGAGGAAGUGCUCAAAGCCGGUACAGCCCUGUCAGAAGGUGAACAGCAAUUUCAGCUUGCAGCUGCCUUGCUGCGUGCAGAAGUGAGAGAUCGCUUUGAAAAGAAGUUGCAGCAGCAUUUCCAGGGCGAAGCAGACUUGGAUCAGGGUGAGGUCGCUGUCACCACAUAUUUGUGA